CACCAGUUCAGCGAUGUAGCUAAAAAGAACAGACCGAACGACAAGUCGGUGAAAACCUCCUAUUUUCAAAUACUCCACUCAAGGAUGGAUCGGAAAACCUUUCGUAUCCUUGUAUAGUGCAAUCUUUUUAUUAACAAUUGGUACAGUUCAACGGCAAAUCAGGCACGCGACCAUCCCUGUUCUGUCAACAUAAAAUCAUCACGUAGAGGCAAUGGGACGAACGAUUUACGCUGAGGAGCACCUUCGCACGUACUUAGCGUCUUCAGCGAAACCGGAUGGAUACGUGAUAGGAUUGAUCUUGGGACAGAGUAGCGGACAGAAAGAUUACAUAGUGCAUUUAGCGAAAACACCACCCCCCCUUGCUAAAAAUAUUGUGGAGGAAACUUUAAUCAGUUAUACAACAACUGCGGAACAAGAUGCGGCUGACACAUAUAUUAAGUCUGUCAAGGAUAUACCUAUGAGCUGGGUAGCCGAUCAUGCUAAACAUGUUACAAGAAUGUUGCCCGGUGGGAUGUGGGUACUUGGUAUUUUUAUUACAGGGCCCGAAGAUACUUUAGAUACUACCAGCAAUGUACAAAAGCUUAAGUCGGUUCUUAGUGCAAUUCACAAGACCCUCUCGUGGAAUAACAAGCAUCUGUGCGGAAAUAAUCAAGAUGAGAAACUUGUAUUAGCUUUCAACAGUGUUACACAGAAAUACAUUUGCAAGUCCAUAGAUGUUACGAAAGAUAGCAUAUUGAGACCAGCCGACUGGAAGUUCCAAGAGAGAGCGACCAAGUGGCAUCAGCUGGAAGCUCUUGUGGAUUUUAACAGAUUGUUCCUUAUUGACGCGGACAAGGAUCCCGAAACUCUCAAGAGGCAAUUACAGAAUAUCUUGACGAGCGUGGCGGAUUUGAUCGAAUCUUCGCUCGUUGUUAUCGAAGAGGAAGUCAGACCGCUGGAGGCCACAUUGGAAGUAAUUUCCAAGAAGAAGAGAGAUAGCAAGGAAUGUAAGAGUAAAAAGAACGAUAGCAGCGACUCGUUUCAAGUUAGCCUGUACAUUCCAUGCUCGCAAGAUGACACUGAUUCAGACAUAAGAGUGACGUCGUGCAGCGCAUCGAUACGACUAACCGGGCAAUUGGUCAGUAGGACAUUCGUACAUCAAAAGGCCAAUAUCGAGGAGGCCAAUGCAGCGGUGAGGCAGGACAUAGUGAGAUCUCUGGCGAGCAGGCUGGAGAUGCACUGGGAUAGUUUGAUAGAGGAAGAGAACGGUUCUCCCGAAGAGAACAUCACGUUACACGAACCGCCGAGGAGAGUGUUGAUUGCGUUACCGGAAAAUCAGGUCACGUUGUCGGAUUAUCUGUUUCCCGGCGAGGGGCCGCAAGAAGCAUUACUGUCGUUGCGAGAACUGCUGGAUCUAAAAGUGCAGGAAAGCCAAGUGCAGAAGGAAGUCGAGCUGCAAGCUGAUCCUACGGAAUUCUAUUGCCAGAGUGAUGUCAAUAGCAAAUCGUCGGACCACGGCACCGAGAAGACCAAAUUUCACCAAAUACUGGUUCCUUAUAUCGGCUUGUGCGUUGCAUUCUUCAUCGUGACAGCGGCUAUUAUUAUACACGAACUAAUGUAAUGUGUAUACUGUUUUUUUUUUCAACGCACACAAGAUGUAGAUUUAAGAUGGAAUACUUUUUGAACCCGUGUGCGUCUGUAAAAUUUGAGAUGUAAAAAUAUUAAAUUAUUUAAUACACUCCGAUAGUUAAUAAUAAUGAUAUAUAUAUAUAUAUAUUGUUUUUAAUAUAAUAUUGCUAGCGCGAUGUGUGUAUUUUCUUACGUGAAAUUACAUGAAUAUUUUUAUAUCUAUUAAAUUACACGGAAUGAAAAUUACUCUCUCCGUGAACAUCGACGGAAAUUUAUAAGUUUCACUGUCACUAAAAUAAAUGGUGUAUGGCUCGCUCGUCGAAUUGUUUGCCGUUUUAAUACAAUAAAACAUUACGAGAUAUUUUUAACUUGCAUUAUAUUAUAUGGAUUUUAUUAUAACAUCUAUAUCAUAUGUACAUACAAUAUCAUAUACAUGUCUUAUAUACAAAAGAAAGCAUCUGUUUAGUCUUCAGAAUGGCAAUUCUUUAUACCAUUAAUAUAUGACAAAUACUAGCAUUAAUAUGUUCUUCAGUAUUACUCAUAUGAAUAGUGUGUGUAAUCGCGUAAUGUCAAAAAAAAAAAAAAUUAGGUAAUAACAUGCACAAUUUUGAUACGAAAUUUAUUGAUCAAAUCAGGCAGUGGUAAUUCUAAUGUUUUAAACGCUUGCUUAUUAGUUGCAUUGUUCGAAUAAAUUUCCUCCGUAAUUAUAUCUGUAAAACUAUGCUAAAGUGUAUGAAAAGUUUAUUUACAAAACUUUUUACACUGUACAUGGCAAAUCCUGUUAAAAAGACAACAUUUCUAAGAAUGUCAGGAAACGCAACGGAAGAAUCAUCGUAAUUUCUACGUACUUCCUGCAAUAAAUAUUUGUUUAAUCAUGCUGAAAAUUACUCCCGUCUCUCUCUUCUUCUAAAUCGUUUU